AUGGAGGAGCACAAUAUCACUUUUAUCGGCCUUGGAGCCAUGGGUUAUGGCAUGGCGGGCAAUGUGCGCCAGAAGAUGCCUCCAUCCGGCACAUUGUUCAUCCACGAUGUCGUCCGUGACGCCUGCGACAGAUUCGUGGAGGAGUUCAAGCAGUUUGGCCGCAUUCAGAUUGUCGAAACGCCCAAGGAGGGGGCAGACCAUAGCAGCACUCUCGUCACAAUGGUGCCGCGAGGAGCCAAUGUGCGAGAGGUGUACCUUGAGGCCACCGGUGCUGUGAUAAACGCUAUCAAAGCAGACCGACUGAUCCUGGAAUGCAGCACUAUUGACGUCCAGACCACGAGGGAAACGGGGCAGCAGAUUAGGCAAGCGGGCAUUGGCAACUAUUUCGAUGCACCUGUCUCGGGCGGUGCUAUCGGCGCAAAGAACGGAACGCUGUCUUUCCUGAUCGGACAUUCCAAAGAUGAUGCAGCCAUGGCGGAGCGCAUCGAUUCAGUUGUGAAGAUGAUGGCCAAUCCAGAGAAGAUCGUCUUCUGCGGAGACUUGGGCAACGGCCUGGCGGCCAAGAUCUGCAACAACUAUCUCUCUUUCUGCAACAUGCUCUCGAUAGCAGAGGCCAUGUCGAUUGGGAUCCGCCUGGGGGUCGACAAGCACACUCUUUUUAACUGCAUCAAGAACUCUGGAGGCAAUUCCGCCACCUUCCACAACUUCCAGCCAUGUCCGGGUGUCAUCCCCCACCUGCCCAGCAGUAACGGCUUCAAGGCUGGAUUCCGGCCGCUGAUGAUGGUCAAGGACUUGAGCUUGGCGGUAGAGGCCGGUGAACAGACGGGCAUCGAUGCAACCAUGGCGCAGACGGCGCUGGGGACAUUCAAGAAGGCGAUGGAGGAUCCUCGUUGCAAGGAUCGAGAUGCGACAUCUGUAUGGUUGAUGAUUAACGGCAUUGACUCGGUCGACUCAGUGUGA